UUGUUAUUUAUCAGUUCUUUGUGAGUGUCAAACAAGCAAUAGAUAUAUAUUAAAUAAAGAAGUCUGAAAAAAUGAGUUUCCCACCACCAGGACCUCCUCCGCCACCAUACUAUGGACCUCCAGGAUGGCAUCCACCGCCUCCACAUCACAAGCCGAAUCAUCCCUAUCCUCAUCAACCCCCCGGCCAGCUGUCAGGUCACGGUCCAAUUCCAUAUCCUUACUAUGUGCCUGGUGCUGUUAUGAUGCCAGUGCCAAUAAUGCCACAUCCGCCAGAAGGUCAACCCACGUACAUAACGAAUAUCAUUUAUCAAGGAGAGUCUUCCAACCAGCAGACUUCUGAAGUCCAAAUAUCUGAAAGUGAAGGAGAUUUCAAUUGGGUUCCGUCGACUGCGACCACUGCUAGCUCACUGGCAGGAAAAGCUGUAAUAGGAGGGCACGAAGGCUGGGACGGAAGUCCAUUGUGGGUCAUCAGAGCUUGGCACAAUGGGGAUCAGAUUCCCGGCAAAUUAUCAGUGAGACACAACGCUGCGUCGGUCAUGUAUAACGGAAAAGAAAUUCCCGUUCAGAAUAUCGAAGUUUUGUGCGCGAAGCCCGAUAAUCUGCGGUGGGUGCCGUCAUCCAAUGGAUCGGUUCCAUCCUCAGCUAUUCCUGGAGGGAAAACUUCUAGCGGGGAAACGCUCUACGUCGGAAGAGCAAGACAUCAGUUGUCCAUAACGCCAGGAAAGGUUCAUCCUAGUCACAAAGCAUGUUACAUAGGUUUUGGUGGUGCCGAGGUGGCACAUACUUUAUAUGAUGUUCUCUGCAGAAUAAGUUAAUAUAUUCCAACUGGGAAGAAUAUUUUAUAUACGGUAAUUGAACUCCAUUUUCCUGUUGCUGGACAGUAUUCAUUUUUAUAUAACCCAAAAAAUAUGAAAUAUGAUCCUUAACAAAGUCAAUUUUGUUUUUGUGUUCCAGUUCCACUUUAUCGAUAAUACACUGAAUUGAAACUUAUCCGAUAAAGAUAAGAUAUUCACUGUAACGAUCCAUU